GGCCACAUACGAGGCGCACCAUGCGACAGUCAGCACAGUUUGUGUUGAUUCUGUUCAGCACGUACAAGGAUUGCCAGGACAGAGAGGCUACUGUGCAAGCACUAUAGGCGUGACAGAACAUUGACUGUGUUGCUUUCGUUGGGUUGGCUUCUUCCGAGAGCGUGGAAAGAUGGUCUGCAGAUGUUCAGAGCCGUUGGGAUGGCAAGAUGCGAUACGAUUCCGACCAAGUCGAGGCUGUUUAUAUGCUGGCUACGUCGCAGGCAAGUGGUUGUCGAAGAGUCGACGACGAAGACCGAAGGGCAGUGAGCGCUUGAGCACUGACAGUCCCGAGCGGCUGCUCCCGGCAAACGCCGUGCAAUGUGCGGUCAAGUCCGAACACCGUCGGCAGGCUUGCCAUCGACCGUCCGCAACGCGCACGACAGGGAGCGUCCAAUCUACUGGGUCGGGACUCCGAGUUAUGCGUACCGUCGCUCAGCGCAGAGCCCUAACUGGGAUUACUAGCUGGUUGCAGCAAGAACACCAAGCAAGCGAGCGUGGGUCGAGGCUGAGAAGACCGCCCUGGGCCCCUCCGUCCAAGAGGUCUUCUUUCGGGUCUGCCCAGGGGAGACUAGGGUCGAGGCGAGCCGCGCGCACAGUCGGGCUUACGAGUAUAUGCAGGCAAGCCAACGAUAACAAAGCGAAUAGGACGAAGGCAUCGAACUGCGUAUCAUCGGAUCCGGACCUCCCAUCCUCGUUGAACACCUCCAAAGUCAGGCUGCCCUCCGCUAGGCUUUGGAUACGCGACUCAGGGAGCGCGAUACCGUAAGCAUGGCGAUCAUGCAACUCGCACGCCGAUCUCGAGCGCAUAUUGCCACCUCCGCAUCAAAUUUCAACAGUCAUCCUCCCUGGGUUACUCGUAUUUCAUAUAUGUGGCCUGUUAGACCCCGGCAGCUUACGAUCAAAGAUCAGCAGUUUGCCAGUCUGAUGCACCCAUCUAUAUACCUAUGUAUCCUCAUCGCCGUGCACGUUGGCUGCGUGGGCUUUGAAUACACGGUGACUUCCUGCGGAACGAUGAAGCCUGGGGCUUCAAACUCGCGGAGG